UUUCUCUGUACGUCCGGGCCGGUGGAGGCGCGUUGGGCCUGAAUAGUGUCCGUGUAGCCGCUGACUCCUGCCCCUCACCAUGUUCCUCACCCGGUCCGAGUAUGACAGAGGUGUGAAUACUUUUUCUCCUGAGGGAAGAUUAUUCCAGGUGGAAUAUGCCAUUGAGGCCAUCAAGCUUGGAUCCACAGCCAUUGGGAUCCAGACAUCAGAAGGGGUAUGCCUUGCUGUGGAGAAGAGAAUCACGUCCCCACUUAUGGAACCCAGCAGCAUUGAGAAAAUUGUAGAAAUCGAUGCUCAUAUAGGUUGUGCCAUGAGUGGAUUAAUUGCUGAUGCAAAGACUUUGAUUGAUAAAGCCAGAGUGGAGACACAGAACCACUGGUUCACCUACAAUGAAACAAUGACAGUGGAGAGCGUGACCCAGGCUGUUUCCAACCUGGCUUUGCAGUUUGGGGAAGAGGAUGCAGAUCCUGGUGCCAUGUCUCGCCCAUUUGGAGUGGCACUCUUGUUUGGAGGAGUUGAUGAAAAAGGACCACAGUUGUUUCAUAUGGACCCUUCAGGAACCUUUGUACAAUGUGACGCUCGGGCAAUUGGCUCUGCUUCAGAAGGUGCCCAGAGCUCCUUGCAGGAAGUUUAUCACAAGGCUAUGACCCUUAAAGAAGCAAUCAAGUCAUCACUCAUAAUUCUCAAGCAAGUAAUGGAAGAAAAGUUGAAUGCAACUAAUAUAGAGCUGGCAACAGUGGAGCCUGGCCUGAAAUUUCAUAUGUUCACAAAAGAGGAGCUUGAAGAGGUUAUCAAGGAUAUUUGAAGGAAGAGGGACUUUAGAGUUUCAACAUGGCUCUCUUAACUUUCAACUUUCCUGAUUGCCCACAAUUUUUAUUUCCGCUCUCUACUUCCUGGGAAGAAAAGUCCCAUGGUAGUUGAUGUAUGUGUUUUUUACAAUUUAUGUACAUAAAGGAAGGACUGAAAUAAAGAGAAACUGAAAAUUAA